UGGAUAUUGAAAAGACCUUCUUACCAUUUGAACCAUUUAGGUUGUUUUAGGCGCCCAAGGCGUAUGCGACCUGUAAAAUGCCUUUUUACGGUGUUCGAGUCGGUCGUGGCAUCGGCGUCUUCUCGAGCUGUAAUUGGGUCUGAGUGCAAAGACCUUGUAAAGGGCUACUCUGGAGCUUGCUUUAAGAAAUUUACUUCCUACGAUGAAGCUAUAAAGUUUAUUGAAGGUGGACAUGAGGUCGGAACUGUACUCUUGAAAAAGCGAAGGAUUGGAAGCAUGAAUGACGACCUGGAUGGUCGAGAUCGAUUACCGAGCAAGUUAUCUCCUGAAGAGCAUUACAUCAGUAGCAACCAUGUUCCAAGCACUCUGACAUUUUAUCAUGAUGCAUCAUGCCCGCGACGUGUGAUGGUCUAUACUGAUGGUUCAUGUAACGGUGCACAUGAUGAUCGUCGUGCUGGUUAUGGUGUUUACUGGGGGCCCAAUCAUCCAUGGAAUGUCUCUGAGCGGUUGGAAGGAGAGCAAACAAAUAAUAGAGCAGAAAUUGAGGCGGUGAUAUGUGCAAUUAAACAGGCACACAUUGGUGGUAUUACUCAUUUGGGAAUAGUUACUGAUAGUAAAUUCGCUCAAAACUGUGCAACAGAAUGGGGUCAACGAUGGGCGCGAAAUGCUUGGAAAUUAGCCAAUGGUGAAGAUGCUAAAUUAAAAGAACCAGUUAAACGAUUACUUGGAGUUAUCGCUGAAUCAGGAAUUGAAAUAAUUUGGUUAAUCAAAUAAUCAGAUCAACCAUAAAUUUCUUGCUUGAACUGCUUCAAUACGUACAUUUUGAUUGGGAUCAUCAGCUAAUUGAUCUAAGAAUGGUAGAAUAUUGACAUCACGAUGACGACUAAUCAAUUGUUCCGGGAAUAAUUUUAUAAUGCUGCACAGACAACGAGCGAUAAUUAAACCUGAAUAGGUUAAAAUAUUGAUAUUUCGUUCAUUUUCCUGAUCAAACAUUACAGUAUCGUUAAUCUCCUGACAGUAGUCACAACUUUAUCCUGCCAACAGUAUGUGAAGAGUAGUGAUGCUACUACUUGACUUUUCAAAUCAAAUACCAUGUUCGUGGUCAUCAAGGUGUACACGGUAAUGAAGAAGCAGAUUCAUUGGCUAAUAUUGGUUCUAGUAAACCAUUACCAAAGAAAUAAACAAACGAGCAAACGCGCGCGAGAGAAAUCGUUCAAUCUUUUGUUGUAAAUAGUGAAAAAGAAGGGAAAUCUAUUCAUGUUUAAUAAAUCUAUGCAUAAAUCAUAUGCCACACUAAUCUUUUGUUUUGAUUUUUUUUAUCUCACCCUCUGUUUGUUUUGUGAGUUUUCGUCUGGUUCUUUUUUAUUUAUAUUACUGAUUGUGAAUCAAAUCUAUUCUUGUCAUGUGGUAUGACUGGUUGGUUCAUUCAUUGAGUUCUGUUAUUGUGAAAUAUGUAUUUAUCUAUUUAUUUAUUCACACAUUUACCAUGUAUAGAAUAUAGUUAACUUUGAGUUAUAUUCUAAGUGUGUGGGGCUAUUGAUACUAACUCUGGUUGAUAAAAACCAAAAUGUGUUGUGGUUGGGUUCUGCAUUAAUUGCUGGACAACCGUUAAGCUUGUCUUGUGCUGAUAGAAUUCUAUCGAUCAAGACGCUAUGUGUGCCGGUCACUAGCAAUAGUCUAAGUGACUGGGUAUCGUUCGCGUUAUGUGUAGAAUUUAGGCGGUUCAGUGGUUCGUACUAGUUGUAUCUUGUCCAUAAGUCCCGUCUACAAUUCUGUGGCAACUAAUACUCCUUGUGAAGCUCGAACUCGACGAGAUCAAGUUCUUUAAUGUGAGACGUCAAUACUGUGCUAUUCAGGCUGCGAUUGAGAUAUGCACGUUGACUGAUCACUGAGAAGUGGUCAUUGUUGUGUUCUCUAUUGCCCCGGUAUGACCGAGAGUGUGGUGGACCCACCCUCCCUCUCGAAAUGCUCUCACAUGGCCAAGCGUACACAGCCUCUGCCAGGAAAGUCCUACUCACUCCCUUAUCACACCACGGGUGUUGUUUACGAAAAUGUGAGGACGAAAAGCGAAUGUCCGGCGCUUUAACCGGAUCCCAAAUCAAUGGUGGACAUGGGCUCCAGUAUCCUGAGGGAACAAAUGGCGCAUGAAGCAAUUGUUGGUCACCGGCUACCAUGGGACUGCAUCUCCUUACGAUGCUCCACUGCCUUGUGGAUCAGACCUUUAGAUCAAAGGGUCGGGGUGUGGCCUAAGAAAACCAUCUGCUUCGGUCUGGGCAC